ACAAACUCGUCAUCGGCGUCCUAUAAUGCAACGACUGAACUCACUGAAUCCACCACUGAUCCUGUUACUACAAACUCGUCAUCGGCGUCCUAUAAUGCAACGACUGAACUCACUGAAUCCACCACUGAUCCUGUUACUACAAACUCGUCAUCGGCGUCCUAUAAUGCAACGACUGAACUCACUGAAUCCACCACUGAUCCUGUUACUACAAACUCGUCAUCGGCGUCCUAUAAUGCAACGACUGAACUCACUGAAUCCACCACUGAUCCUGUGAACUACAGACUCGUCAUCGGCGUCCUAUAA